GAGCCUGGCCAGCAAAAGGCCAAGGCCAAGGCAAAGGCCGCUGAUGGCGCCGACCGGCGCCGGGAUGAGGCUGCGGCUUCUCGGGAGGGUGCCCGGCCGGCUGACGAGGCGGAGGUUGGGGAAGAGCACGCUCCGAAGGCUGAGACUGGCCGGGCGGCAGUGGGGGCGGAUGGCAAGCCGGAAGUGGAGCCGGCUUCGAAGAAGGUUUCUGGCAAAGCGCAAGGCUCGAACUUCGCAGGGAGAUCGCCGCCGGGCAACCAUCCCUGGUCCACCCGCUUCCGUUGCUGCAAAAACACCUGGGUCGAGAAGAUUCACCCUUUGGUCAAGCCCGGUCAUUAUGUGAAAUCCCAGGUCCACUGGUGGAAAUAUGUUCUCGACAACCUGGACCUGAGCAAGUGCUGCACGGAGGAAGAAAUCGAGACCCGUGUGGAGGAGCUCAGCGGUCUCUAUGCUGUGCCUUGUGAUCAAAAGCUGCUCACGGGGCCGUAG